AUCCCAAGAAUUCGAUCGUUUAUUAUACGUACGAACCACGUUAUUUUAUUUAUUUAUAAAAACACAGUUUAUUUUAUAGAAUGUCCAACUCAAACGAUAAACCUAAUGGUGUUGAAUCAAAUCCACUACAAAGACUUGCCUCUUUAAAGGCACCACGAGAUCUUUUACUGGGCGGUGUGAAACCAAAUAAAAAGGUAUUCACACCAAAUCUGAACGUAGCACGUAAUAAAAAUAAAGGCCCAUCAACCGCAGCGACCCGUGAACAGAAAAAGGAUGAAAGAAACAAAAGGGAUCGUAAAAACGAUAAAAAUAAAAAUUUCAAAAAUGGUCCAAACAUUAUUAAAUCAUCAGGUGUAUUCUCUGAAGGUAUUGGUAGUGCGGAGAGGCAUUCGAGUAGGGCUUCAUAUGGAAGUGGCAGAGAAGCUAACACUGCACCCACAUUACAAAAACCAACCAUUAGAAUCAAGGAUGCUGUUAGAAUAGACACAGAUUUUGAAGAGCAGAAGAUAAAAGCCAUCCUCAGUGAAAAUGGUAAUGAAAUAGAGGAAGCAGAAGAUUUCAAAACAGUGCUUGACGCUGAUGCUCCAGUUAAACUGCCUAUGGAUGAUGGAGGCUGGUCGAUUAACCAGAAACCCUCAGUCACUGUCAAACAGGAAGUUAUCGUCAAACAAGAGCCAACUGAAGACGGUGAUCUAUUGGCAACACCAGAGGAAAAGCCGAUUCCAGAUAUUAAAGACAUUUUUGAAGAUACAAAUGUUGCCAAUUUAUUAAAAAGUGAUAAACCUACCCUCAUACUUUUACAGUUAUCUGAUACAUUACCUGGUCGAGGCGGGAGCGGCGAUGAAGAUCGCAAGAAGCCUAUCAACUUACCUUCAACAAGUGAGGAGACUGAGCAAAAACCGGUCGAUACGCGAUGUCACUUAUCAGAUUUAGAAGAGGGUCGAAUCGGAAAGUUGAGGGUGCAUCGGUCGGGAAGGGUCACACUCGCAUUGGGCAGUACUAUCUUUGAGGUAUGUUCUGGAACAAAAGCAUCAUUCUACCAAGAAGUUGUCUCAGUGAAUGUGAAUGAUGCAAGCCGGUCUGCCAACCUGGUGUCCCUGGGACCACUACAGCACAAACUAAAUAUAACUCCACACUGGCAGGCUAUGUUUGAUGAAAUGUCCAUUUAACUAUAGUUGUUAAAACAUUAUUAUGAAACUGUACAUAACUUUAAAUAUGCCAAUACUAAUAAGAAUAUAGUUUAUAACAGCUAA